UGAUUCCACGCGCCAGUGUAGGAGACGGGAUGGUAGGUAGGUAGGUAGGCAGUCAGCUGACGGGGGUUAACCGUGGUCGUUGCCUAUCUUUUAGCUAUUAAAAGGAACCGCCGGCCUGCCCGCGCUGCGCAAGUUUAUAAUCGUGAAGAUCUUGUGAAUCUGACGUCCAGCAGAGUUACUUCACCGCGCGACCUACGCCGUCAUCAAUCACAAAAGGGAUCCCCGCGGCAAGAUUCUCCCGUCCAUCGGCCCCGCGUCCCUGCUCGCCGGAACAAAGGAGAAUAGACAAGAGGAAAAGAAAGGAAGGGCACAAGGGGAGGAGAACAAACAAAGAGACGCCAAAAUGCCUGUCGAAAAGCAGCUGCCGGACCGGUACGAGAUCCGCGUCCUGGAACCCCAGCACCUGGAGUGGGCAGCCGCCAUCGUCUCGCACAGCAACCUCUUCCACUCGCCCGUGUGGCCGCUCCUCUACCCGGAGCUCAAGGCGAAGCGCGCCUACGCGACGCAGAAGGAGGCGCGCUACCUCGUCGGGCACCAGAUCGCGUCGGGCUACUCGCUGGGCGUCUUCGACAAGGAGUACCAGUUCAAGCGGCCGCAGUCGUCCGCCACGGGCGGCGCGCUGUACUGGAACGAGGGCGGGGCCGGCGACGAGGACGCCAGUUCCGCGACGCUGCUGGAGCAGAUGGAUUUCCCGCUCGUGUCCGUGGCGCUGGCCUACGACAGCUUCCACCCGCUCGACAUGGACAAGAUGGCCGGGCUGAUCGAGGUGCUGCCCGUGUACCAGGACUUCUACACGGUCCUCGCCGCGAGGGACGGGCGCGACCCGGAGUCGUGGAAGGCCAAAGGGCCUGGCGAGGUGCUGUUCCGCAACGCGACGAGCACGCGGCACGAGUACGAGGGCAAGGGCAUCAUGGGCGCCUUGGCGAGGCACAUGAUGCGCGAGAUGGCGGGCAAGGGCUUCCGCGGGAUCCAGAUCGAGUGCGCCGCCGACGCCGUCACGCACGUGUGGAGCAACCCGCCCGCGCCCUUCAAGGGCGAGGUGGUGAGCGAGUUCGACAUGGAGAGGUACGAGGAGGAGGGCGAGGACGGGCAGAAGAGGAACCAGUUUUACCCCUCGAAGCAGCGCGCGACCAAGGUGUACUGCACGCUGAAAUAGGACAAGGAGAAAGACCGGCUUGAAUAGACAUCCCAGCGAGUACAUGUUGCUCAUGCUCCUUUGACGGAGGUGCAUCGUCCUACGCCCGCCCGUUGGCGAGGGAGCUACCCUGUUCAGGGGCAAACGGGGAAGCCCUCCCCGACGCGGCUCUCCGCAAGGGAACCUCGCAAGAUAGAGUACACAGGCGAGCAAGCAUUCGCAAUCAGCCUCACAAGACAUGAUACACUGGCUAGCAAGCAUUCAUGAUCAAUGACACCAUGAGCGUGGCGCACAGCAUGUUCAUCCGCUACGGUACAGGGUCGAGAAGUUUAAAAACACACAAAAGCCCUCCGUCUCAACACCGGCGUCUUUCGUCUCUCCGGUCCGCACACCACACCACACAGCCAGCAGGCAGGCAAGAGACAAUGACAUCUCUGUCAACGGCGGGCUCCAU